AAUAGGGCUGAACCCCCGUCGGCGGAGACCGCGAGGAACUGGAAGGUGUGCUGUGGGAAUACAUCACCCUCGCGCCGAGGGAGGACGACGUGGCGCUCGUCGACGGCGGCGCCGUGCCGCUGCGCGUCCCCGGGGCGCCGCUGGCCCGGCCGUGCUGGCGAAGAAUCUCUUGCUCUCCUGCGACCCCUACAUGCGCGACCGGAAGCCCGGAUCUGUUAUAGAAGGGUCGGGCGUGGAUUCCGCUCAUCCGGGGUUCGUUGCCGGUGACAUUAUUUCAGGAAUGACUGGCUGGGAGGAAUACAACUUGGUUGACAAGCCUGAACAGCUGGAUAAGAUUCAACAAAGCGCCAUACCACUCUCCUAACAUUUGGGGCUGCUUGGUCGGCCGGCCACGACAACAUUUCAAUUUGCAAGACUUGGAAGCUAACAGAACAAAAAGCAUGUCACCUAGUGCAGAGAUUCACCGUUUUAAAAGGGCUGUGCCUGUUCAAUUGCUGCAGGUGGUGCCCUCUACUUUGGCUACAUUAACUGGUAAGGGAAUGACAUAAAUGUUUCCUUCAUGUAUUUCUACUAGCGCCGGCUCUGCUUUCUGCUGCAUAAUUGGUGAGCAGCUGUGAGGUGACACUGGAAGGCAGCCGGCAGGUUCACGAUGCAUGGUUACAACAAGCUGGUCGUCUGGCUGCUGCUCCUAAGCAGCUCGUCAUCAUACUUUGGCCAUGGAAUCAGUGCUUCUGAUGUCCAAUGCUUGAAGGACCUCAAACAAUCGUUGAUUGAUCCUAAUGAUAUACUAGGGAAAAAAUCCCACCGGUGGAAUUUUACUGACAUCCGCGAUGACGGUGACAUAUGCGGGUUCACCGGCGUGGAAUGCUGGAACCCUAAUGAAAACAGGGUUCUCAGUUUGCGCCUCGGCAACUUAGGACUCGAAGGUCCAUUUCCUCGAGGCCUCGAGCUUUGCACCUCCAUGACCACUCUGGACCUGUCAGGCAACAACUUUUCAGGGCCGCUCCCAGAACACAUCUCUGAGCAGAUGCCCUAUGUAAGCUUUCUAGACCUCUCGAACAACAGCUUCUCAGGUGGAAUCCCUGCAAGCAUCAUGAACAUGACGUACCUCAACAUCCUCGCUCUUCAACACAACCAGUUCACCGGCGAAAUUCCGGCGAUCAACCUUUCACGCCUCAUUUCGUUCAACGUCGCCAAGAACUCGUUGUUCGGUCCCGUCCCGGACUCUCUGCAGAGCUUCCCGACCGCCAACUUCAUGGGCAACCCGGGGCUCUGCGGGGCGCCGCUGGACAAUAAGUGCAAGAAGAGGUUCAGGGUGCGGAUACACGUUCGGCUUGUCCGGAUUCGGGAGAUGUUUGUCCGGAUUCAGAAGCUACUGCACAGGAUCAACGACGCGUCCAUCAUCGGGGCGUCGGCUGGGUUCAUCUUUGGGUUCGUGGUGGCCUUCUACUUCCCGCACAAGUUCUUGUUCUGUGGGAGGUUCCAGCCCUACACCUUUCGUGUUUGUGGGUGACGGCGGGUA